CAUAAGUGACAUAAAGGCGCGGACGUGUGCUAAUACUCGCCAUUCACCACAUAAUGCAGCGGACACUGCGCACGAUUACAUGCCAAUCCACCCGUCCCCACCACCCCUCGGACCUAUUCAUUUCUUACAAUUAAUCAAAAUUAAAUCAACCACAACCCCUACAGCCAACUUUCAACUCUAUCACCUGAAGUUACACUCUUAUUUCAGCUGAUGCCAUGUUGAGUAGGCGUGUCCCCCGCGAAGAAAUCUGGCCAAUAGAGUGCGGUAACAAAAUAUCCGUAUUGGCUAUUAGCAGGCCCCGCCCGCGCCGCCUGGGGGGGAUGGCGUUCCAAAUUCAAAACGUCCUAUCACGACGCGCACGAGCGAAUCUUGCGUCGUUUCAAAACCAGAUUUCUCUACAGCGCCCUAGUUUGAAAAAGUCAGUUUUGUAGGGAUGGGGCUGGUUGUUAGGGCGAUAUGAAGCUGGGCGGUAUCCAGUGGGUGGUCGAGGGGGCUGGCGGCGUUUUUACACGACGGCGGGCGGUGGCGCUCACAGACGCGCUCCGAACACCGUGGCAAGCGCUCGCGUCGCGGCUUCUUAUAUUUCCGCGAUUUUCACCGAAGAAAAUCUGGAAAAGAGGCCUAAUUUUUAUUUAUAGUAUUUUAGAAAAUUAUUAGAAAAAGUGUUUAAAAAAACUCGAUUUUUUUAAAGUGACUGAUUGUGACUAUGUAAAGUUAAGCUUAGUGCACACGUGCGAGCUCAAGCAUGCAGGCGAUGAGCGCAAAUUCGAGCGCUCCGCGCGCGCCCCAGCGCUCGCCGUUCGCCAUCCAAGAGUUGCUGGGCUUGAGCGACACGCGAGAGAGCCGGGAGAGAUACUUUGAGAGCCGCGACAAUGACAGAGUGCUGAAUUUGUCGGAGAGUAGAGACAGGCCGUCGUACGCGCCGCAGUUCCCGCUGCCGGCGUCCGUGGCGUCUCGCGUGGCGUACGCCGCGGCGUUUAACGCGCAGGCUGCGGUGGCGGCAGCGUUCUUGCCCGCGCCGCCGAUGCUCCACCCACCACCUGGCUUCCCGCAGAUCAAGUCGCCCUACAGCCCUUCGCAGCCGCAUCUCUCAGCGGUUCGGCAAUUUUAUUCAGGAGUGUCGUCUCUGGAGGCGGCGAAAGACUUUACUGUCGACGGACUCACGGGCUACAAUGGGAAGAAGAAGAAGAAAAAACGCCGACACAGCCGAACAAUCUUCACAUCGUACCAGCUGGACGAGCUAGAGAAAGCCUUCAAAGACGCACACUACCCCGACGUGUACGCGCGGGAGAUGCUCUCCCUCAAGACGGACCUGCCCGAAGACCGCAUACAGGUGUGGUUCCAAAACCGACGAGCGAAAUGGCGCAAGACGGAAAAGUGCUGGGGCCGUUCAACCAUCAUGGCCGAGUAUGGGCUGUACGGGGCCAUGGUGCGGCACUCGCUGCCCCUGCCCGAGACCAUCCUGAAGUCCGCCAAGGAGAACGAUACCGUCGCGCCGUGGCUACUUGGCAUGCACCGAAAGUCGCUGGAGGCGGCCCAUCACCUGAAGGAGUCAGGGUCGGAGCGCGAAGGCUCUGAGGCCGAAGGUGAUCGCGCGCACUCCGCCUCGCCACAUGAACACCAUGACAACCAUGAUGCUCAGGCGCAGAGCUCCCCCGCCAGCAGCACCACCGCCUCCUCCUCAGCCAAAGGCCGCGCGUCACCAGAGGGUGCCUCCUACGAGGACCCUGAAGCCUUCCGGAACAACAGCAUCGCGUGUCUGCGGGCCAAGGCGCAGGAGCACCAGGCCAGGAUCCUCUCCAACAAUAUCUUGCUUCAGGUCCGAGGCCUAGCGCGGACGCCCAGCACACCCCACGAUGACGACGGCCCCGUCGACAUCGACGUCGGCACCGAGCCGCCCCCGCUCGACCCCCACGCCCCUCCCUCCCUCUACUGACCUCUACAUUCCAACCCCGCGAUUGGUCAAACGCGCGCGCUCAUCGGUUAAGAACACUCGUGAUUAGUGGAAUUCGAAAACAUCGUUACAUUCCAACUCUGUGAUUCGUCGACGUGCGCUGAUUGGUUGAUUACCAACUUUUGUGAUUGGUGGAUUUGAAAGACCGUUACGUUCAAACGUAUUAAGUGUAAUUAUGUAAAUUAUUAAGCGUAUUUAACUAAAUCCCUAUUUUUCGUGCAAUACAUUUAGUUAAGUAUUUAUGUGUGUAGCUUGUGUUACUAUAGGCGUUGUAAAAAGUCCCAGCACUUAGAUAUUAUUGUAUAACGGUAUUUAGUAAGUAAGUAAUCUUGACCGUUAUAGAUCAGUUUAACUCGAGGCAAGACUAAAACGGUACUAAAUUUAUGAAAGUGUUAGCUAGUAAGUAUUUUCAAUGUUGAGAGGUUGUCAUUAAUUUUAUCGAAGUUUGAAUUCGGAAUAUUCGGAUACAGCCUAAUUUUUGACUUGUACACG